UGUGAAAACUUUCUUUUGGUCCAAAGUGAUCUUUAUGAAGGGGGAGGCUUUCCACGGAUUCGGGACACACUCGUACCUAUUGUACAAGCCUUAAAGUGACCCUCUGAUCGAAAGUAGCUAAAUUCCUUGACCAGAAAAAUAGGGCGUGAGCGCAAGUCAAAGCAGAUAUAGUUGCAAUCGCCAAAGAGUCAUUUUAUCAUGGACCGAGACGAGCAAGAAGAGGCUCGGGAUGCCCUCUUAGACGAUGGCGAAGACGACAUGGAGUUCCACAUCACCUUUCCUUCUCCCAUGGCCAAGGAUGACGAAGAGAUCAUUCAUUCAGACAUGAUAUUUGUGCCCAAAGAAGAUCCGGAACCGGUCGUCUACUUACUGGGUUGGGCUGGAGCUCUCGACAAACAUCUGUCCAAGUACAGCAAGAUCUACGAGAGCACGGGUUGCAUCACUAUUCGCUACACAGCACCGGCCGAAUACAUCUUCUUCAGUCCGGAAAAAAUCAACCCUUUAGCCAAGAAGCUGCUGGAUCUCAUCGAAGAGAUGUCUCUCGAGGCCAACCCUGUCUUUUUUCAUAUCUUCAGCAAUAACGGAGCGACUGUGUACCAAUAUAUGGCCGAGAACAUCCGCACCAAUCCGAACUAUCAAGCCAUUCAAGCCAAUAUCCGAGGACACAUCUUCGAUUCAUCGCCGGGUCGUCGCACUUGCUCCUCAUUUGUCAAGGCCACGUCAGCCGUUCUGGGUGCGUCUCAUUGGCUAGUCAGGCUCCUGGGCCCGUAUUUACUCUUAAUCUUUGUAUUGGCCAAAGCCCUAACCCGCCGUGUUGUAGGUCUGAUGGUGAAUGGAUCGGGAGAAGCCGCCGAGGCUGAGCUCUUUGUCUACGAUUACAUUCUGAAAAAGGACAACGGAUUCGGUCAACCCCAACUGUUUCUAUAUUCAAAGACGGAUGAUGUGAUACUGGACCACGACGUGGAGGAGAUUGCUGCGGCGAGGGAGAAAGUCGGGUGUGAUGUGACCAAAAUUUGCUAUGAUGACUCGGCCCAUGUCCAGCACUUCAGGACCUAUCGAGAAUCAUAUGUGAGCGCUGUUUCUAGCUUUGUGGCAAAGGCCUUGCGAAACGAAGAUAAUCGAGCUAUUCGGACAGGUCCUCAAUCAGUCGCGACCAAUGAAACGUAGUUGUCAACGAUGAAGUAUCCCUUGAAUUAUCAUAGUUAAAGACCAACGUUCAUUUAUCACAUCACUAAUUGUUAUAUGCAUCGGAAAAAAGAUGAAAACAAAUACAAUCAACCACUCUUUUA